AAAAAAAAAAAAAAAAAAGCGCAGUCGCGACUCGCGCAGAAGAGAGAACUAACGAUCCGCAGAACUGACUACGUUACUUUUCUAUUCCAUUUUGUUCCAUCUUUUUCCGUCUUCAAUUCGGAGAAAAUUUCUUCGGCUGGCAUGUCGUUUUAUCCGAAGCGAUCUCGAGGUGGUUUCUAUAUCGAUCGAUCAAGAUGAUUUAGAGAAGCAGGAUGGAUUUCUUGUUCGUUCGAUCGAUAAAAGUUCAGAACAAAUAAGAAAAUAUUAAAAUCACAGAUUGUUCCUGAGAGGACGCGUGGAGCUUGGAGUUCCGAUCAUGGCGGUGGUUGAGAAUGCCGGGACAGAUUUGGGGAUCAAUGUUAGUACCUCAAGUCGUAAUUUCGAAGCUGGAGCUUUGGAUUUACAUGCUCCUGACGAUGUAGAAGAGCUUAAGCAAAACCAUUUAGGUGUUCGGAUGGGGGAUCCUAACCUGCAGCAAAAUAACCAGACCUUCCGCUCGCAUGAUCAGACCUUUCAUAUGAAAGUCCAGCAGUUUCAUCAUCGUCAUCAGCAGCAGAGGACGGCGUCUUCCCCUGCUCACGUUGUCGACCACAAGCCUCAUGUUCAGCACAAUCUGGACCAGGGACCUAAAAAUGGAGUGCAGAACUUGCUGGUCAGUGCGAUGUCGACGCAGCAUGGAACCGCCGGAAAGUCUGCGUUUGGCCAUACACAUCAGCGGUCGAACGCUGUCGAUUUGCAGAGGGAGGUGGCCGCCGAGGGUUUCAAAAGAGAUAUGAGGGAUUUGGAGGAACUCCUCUCUAAGCUGAACCCUAUGGCUGAAGAAUUUAUUCCUCCCUCGCUUACCAACCAUGGAUCUCCCGGCAGUAGUCUCUAUAUUAACAAUUUUUUCAUGCACAUCCACGGCAACGGCAAUGCCAACGGAAACACUAACAGACGGAAGAAAAAUAACUAUAAUCAAGGGAAGCGGAGGAUGAACAAUCGAACGAGUAUGGCGCAGCGAGAGGAUGUAAUAAGGAGGACUGUGUAUGUUUCCGACAUUGAUCAACAGGUUACUGAGGAACAACUUGCAGCCCUCUUCAUUAAUUGCGGACAGGUUGUUGAUUGCCGAGUCUGUGGUGAUCCAAAUUCAGUUCUUCGGUUUGCUUUUAUCGAGUUCACCGAUGAGGAAGGUGCAAGGGCUGCUUUGAGUCUGGCGGGGACAAUGCUUGGAUACUAUCCAGUGAGGGUUCUGCCUUCAAAAACUGCAAUUGCACCUGUCAACCCAACUUUUCUGCCUAGGUCUGAAGAUGAACGUGAAAUGUGUGCAAGAACUAUUUAUUGUACAAAUAUUGAUAAGAAGGUUACUCAGGCAGAGGUUAAACUCUUUUUUGAAACAGUUUGUGGGGAGGUGUAUCGCUUGAGACUGCUUGGAGACUAUCAUCAUUCUACUCGUAUUGCUUUUGUUGAAUUUGUAAUGGCAGAAAGCGCAAUUGCUGCACUUAACUGUAGUGGUGUGGUUUUGGGAUCCUUGCCAAUAAGGGUAAGUCCAUCAAAGACACCAGUUCGACCGCGCGCUCCUCGGCCACCCAUGCAUUUAAUCAACACAUGACCCCAGAUGAAUAUCAUUGCUAGACACACCAAUACACUCUGGUUGGGCAAUGUAAUUUUUAUAGUUUAGAUUAUUGCAUCCUACCCUGGUGUCCUUUUUAUUCCUUUUCAUUUGUAGGGGGCUCUGGAUUGUUUAUUUAACAUGUACCAUUGGGUGGAACUUCGAGGCUUUGAAAGAGCUUAGCUGCAGAUGAAGGUGAACUGUAGGGGAUGCCCCUAAAACGAAUUACUCCUGAUGUUUCUAACUUGAAGAUUGAACACUUUAAAGACAAGUUGUUCAAAGACAAGUUGUCUAAUGUUAUCGGUGUUAUUUGGCCUGGGUCCUCUGUGCUUUUGUGUUUGGCCGGGGUCCUCUGUGCUUUUGUCUUA